AUGAGCGGCGAGAACUACGUGGAGGGAGACCUCGGCCCUGUCUUCAGUCAGGCGGAGCCGCUCACUUUGCCCGUCGUGGUGCAGCUGUUGCGUGGGCGGCAAAAUACAGACGAAGACUCGGGUUUGGAAUCUCCUGCAAUGGUCCUCAUUGAGAGGAUACGGGAGCAGGUUGAGAUGAUGCAGGAGACAUGUGCAGACGAGCAAAGUGUUCAGCAUCUCAUGAAGAUGAAGUUGCGUCUGCGUGGCGAAAGCGAGACGGGCUUUGCGAACGCACAUCUGGCGAAUUUUAUCCUCGACAGCAACGGGAAUGUGACGGGGAUGCGGGAGGCCGCGGAGGAUGGGGAGAUCCACGGCACAUUAAAGACUGCGCGCAUGAAGCCUUUUGAAGUGGUUUCAUUAGGCACGCUGUGCCCAAAGUCCGUGGAGGAGGCGCUUGUUCUUGUGCCCUCGCUCGCUCGCUACGAGCCAAGUGACUUGAAUCUCGCAUUGAACACACUGGAUUCACUCUGA